ACCGCCAACUCCAUGUAACGACGAGUGGUGGGAGCAGAACAAUUCUCUAUUCUCCGCGAGUGGGAUUAGCACUUCCCUCCGCCAUUCCGCCAUAGCGUCCAAAACCCACUCUAAACAGCACCUUUCUCUCUAGAUUCCCUCUCCGGUUUUACCUAUUAUCUUACCAAUUUUUUCUCCCUGAGCUGAACAUCUUCAAUCUUGAAUCACCUAUGGCAGCUUCCUCCAUUUUCCUCUCAAACCCAUUCCUUAAUCUACCCAAGCCAAGAACAAGUACAAGACUAUCAUCCCCUUCUCCUUUUUCUUCUUCGAGGACUAAUGGACUCGCCAAGCCUUUCCGGGUAGAAAUCCCUGUGUUGUAUCCCAAGAAUCGGAGGAAACUCCCGCUGUUACUAGUGGGUGUGGUGGGUAAAACGCGGGAAGAGGCAGAAGCGGAGGCGGGGAGUGUGGUGGGGGAGGAUUCCGCGGAAUUCGAGUUGUCGAAACAGAAGAUUUCAUCUUGGGUUUACUUCACUGUAAUUCUUGGCGUUGUUCUCUAUGCUCUCAAUUUGCUAUGGAUUGAUAACUCUACCGGCUUUGGCAAAAGCUUCAUCUACACCGUUUCCGCUCUCUCAGACAGUCAUGAGAUUGUAAUGUUCGCCCUUACUCUUAUUUUUGCAAUAGUACACAGUGGUCUUGCUAGUUUUAGAGACCAAGGUGAAAGACUCAUAGGAGAGCGUGCUUUCCGUGUAUUGUUUGCUGGGAUAUCUCUUCCAUUGGCUGUUAGCACUGUUGUGUAUUUUAUUAACCACCGAUAUGAUGGAGUAGAGUUAUGGCAAUUACAGAGCUUUCCAGGGCUGCAUCAGUUUGUUUGGUUAUCUAAUUUCAUUUCUUUUUUCUUCCUCUACCCAUCGACAUUUAAUCUGUUAGAGGUUGCAGCUGUAGAUAAGCCAAAGAUGCAUCUUUGGGAAACUGGGAUCAUGAGAAUUACUAGGCACCCCCAGAUGGUCGGGCAGGUGAUGUGGUGCCUUGCUCACACUCUAUGGAUUGGGAACUCGGUUGCUGUGGCGGCAUCCUUGGGUUUGAUAGGGCACCAUUUGUUUGGAGCGUGGAAUGGGGACCGGAGGCUGGCAAUCCGAUAUGGCGAGGCAUUUGAAGCUGUGAAGAAUAGAACAAGCAUCAUUCCAUUUGCAGCAAUUGUAGAUGGUCGCCAGAAGUUGCCAAAAGAUUAUUACAAAGAAUUUAUUAGAUUGCCAUACUUGUCCAUAACAGUAUUGACAUUAGGUGCCUACUUUGCCCACCCACUCAUGCAGGCUGCUAGCUUCAGGCUUCACUGGUAGUUCAACAUGCCACUUUUCCACCAUGUAAAAUAUAUAUAUAUAUUCCUCA